AUGCGCAUAGAAGGUUGCAUCAUUGGAUUUAAUGAAUAUAUGAACUUGGUGUUAGAUGAUGCAGAAGAAAUCCAUCUAAAAACGAAAUCUCGGAAACAACUUGGAGGAGUGAAUAAGGUGCGCUGA